CGCGGCUCCCUCCCCGCCUGUCCCCGCCGCCUCCUCUCGCUCCCCGGUCAGAAGGCCGGAGCGAGAAGAUGGCGAAGACGUACGAUUAUCUGUUCAAGCUGCUGCUGAUCGGCGAUUCGGGGGUGGGCAAGACCUGCCUCCUGUUCCGCUUCUCUGAGGACGCCUUCAACACCACCUUCAUCUCCACCAUCGGAAUUGAUUUUAAAAUCAGAACAAUAGAACUAGAUGGAAAGAAAAUUAAGCUUCAGAUAUGGGACACAGCGGGUCAGGAAAGAUUCCGAACAAUUACGACAGCGUACUACAGAGGAGCCAUGGGGAUUAUGCUGGUUUACGACAUCACAAAUGAAAAAUCCUUUGACAAUAUUAAAAAUUGGAUAAGAAACAUUGAAGAGCAUGCCUCUUCAGAUGUUGAAAGAAUGAUCCUGGGUAACAAAUGUGAUAUGAAUGACAAAAGACAAGUCUCCAAAGAAAGAGGCGAGAAGUUAGCAAUUGACUAUGGGAUUAAGUUCCUGGAGACAAGUGCAAAAUCCAGUACAAAUGUAGAAGAGGCAUUUUUUACACUUGCACGAGAUAUAAUGACAAAACUCAACAGAAAAAUGAAUGACAGCAAUUUAUCAGGGGCAGGUGGACCGGUGAAAAUAACAGAAAACCGAUCAAAGAAGACCAGUUUCUUCCGCUGUUCGCUACUUUGAUGAACUCUUUCUGAGAGACUGCAGCCAACCGAGAGGAACCUUUCCUGCUUCUCUGAAAGCACAGGUUAUCCAGCCUCAGAAUAUCACCGCCCAGCUGCUGCUGAGAGCACCUGUGAACCUAGACCUCUCGACACAAAAUGCCAAGUGGACUCAGCCUCUGGGCGUAGCCAAAUAACAGGCUCCUUUUUUCAAACACGGAAGCAAUGAAGUGGAGACACAUACAGGACUUACCUUGUUUUUUCUUUGUUUUAUUGCCUGUUGCAGAAGCUGCUAUCUUUCUUUUCACUUUGCACAUCAGUGUUAGCCUGUCCCGGUUACAGCACAAUCUUAGACUCGUAGGUGUGGAGUUUGGUCUCACAAAGUUCUAGACAGAUCUGUGCACUGGGGAAUGUUUAAAAAAAGAGCAGAACAUUUAAAAAGCAGAGGUUAAUAUACUAAAAUUAAAGAACAUUUGGUCCAGUUCUUAUGGCCAGAUGUUAUUGCAUUGAUAGCAUUUAUUUCAGGACUCUGGUUUGUGAUUUUCUUAAAUAAAAAUCAUUAAACUGUGGUAAAAUUUAUUCUAAAGAUUCAUAAGAAUGCCCAUCAGUAGAGGCCACAAUUUCUUUAUUUCUCCAGAUUGUUUACAGCUUUGGUUCAUUCUAGACCUCUUUGCCACAGAGUGUCUGAGUGGCUGAAAGGAUCACUUUUGAAGGUGCUCACCUCUGCCUAAUCUAUAGAAACUGCAUCUGGGAAUCUUUCCUGUCACUUUUUCUAGGAUUUUUAUUUACCGUUCUCUCCCUUGUUGGAUCUGUUGUAAUUCCUCAGUUAUCGAAAACAUAACAUAUUUGAAUACUGUUGUCUGUUUCUAAUUGUGAACUUCUUGAGGUGAAAUUUUACAGAAGCAGAGAGAUGUGCCAUUUAGGGUUUUAUUUCAGCAUCUAUUUGUGGUGUUGUCAUAUUAGGAUACUCUAUUUUUUUUUUCUUAGGUUGACCCCUUAGCUUGCUGAUUUAGUUACAUCACCUAAUUCCUACCAUAAUCCCUGUCUGAACAGUUAACAGAAGUUAGAUUUAGAUUUUAGGGUGCAGAAAGCUUACCUGUAGGAAGAGAGAUUAACUUGACAGACAUUUAAUAGAGAUAGCUCUUGGUGAUGGUGAUAAUAAUAAUUUUUGGUUUCCUUUUUUUGGAGGGGAGAGUGUUAUUUUUAAAGAAUGAAAAUAAUUGACUUAGUGCAACCUCUAGGAAAGGUCUGCCUUUUCAUUAGAAAAAAGAUGAGCAAGAUUUCAGUUUUAAAACAGUUGUUUACUUGUAGAACCCAGCUCCAUCUGUUCAGGUUUGUUGUUACAGAACUUGGUCUGGUUGUUUAGGCCAAAGCCACCCAAAAGCUUAGCUGCCUUUCUUGCUGAGCAAUGGUACUGGUAUACAUUUUAUGGAUGAAACUAUCACAUAAGAAAAAAAGGUAUUUAGUGUUAAUUUAUGUGCCAAAAUUCAGAUCAGUAUGUCAUUGCUGUUAAUGUAGCCUUCAGUGUCAUAACAGAGGGGAUGAUAAAGAGGUGAUUAGGGCCAUGAAUUCUGUUAAUAAUUACUUUUCCUGGUAUGCCUAUUUUGCUUCAUAAAGGAUACCACCAUGCUUGAUAGUUAAGAAUGGAGAAUUGAGGUGGAAAUGGAUUGCUUGUUACCACAGAGAAUUCUGCUUCAAAUUAAGAUAUGUAGUUAGAUGCUUGGACCAAUCAGCCUUUCCUACUUGUUUGAAAACUUACGCACAAUUUAGCGGCAGCAAGUGUACUAGAUCUAUUUUUGAUGGAUACAGUAUACUAAACUUAUUAUUGACCAAUUUCAGUGUCCCUGAAUUUUUUUUUUUUUUUUGUAGUUAACUAGGCUAUUUAAAAAAGAGUAGACUAUUUAAAGCAGAGGUUCAUAUACUAAAAUUAAGGAACAUUUGGCCCAGUAGAAUCAGUAGUUCCCCAACUGAAAGUUGAUUUUAAGUCCACCAUCUUUGAAUUAGAUACAUUUUUGGGAAGGAAAGAGAAUUUCUUAGAGACAUCCUGUAUUCACUGAUUUUCUCAAAAAUAUCCAAGCAGUUAAGCUUUCUGGAUGGUAACAAUACUUUCUAAGAGGCAAGUGUCAUGGCACCAUGUAUGAAUGUACUUCUUUUAGUAAUUUACCUCUGACUAUUUGGUGUCUUAACACUUUGGUUGAUAUCUCAGGGCUUGUCUGCAAACCAAAACUGACAUAUUCUGUGGUGUGGUUAACUUUUUUUUUUUAACAGAAUGCUUUGCUUUUGUUGUAUUUCUUCUCUCUUCUCUUGUCUUAUAUGGGUUAAUAACUAGUCUCCAUGAACUUCCCUUUGAAAGAGCCUGUAAAAGUUAGAUGAGUCUAAAAGUGCUCUUUGAAGUAGUAGCAAAUUGGGGUGUAUAUGCUCUGUUAUAUAGAAAUAAAAUGUCCUUGCUAUUUUCUUACAUUUAGCUUUGCUAAAUUGUAUAUAAUUUGAGCUAAGACCAUAGGAAAUUUCACUUUCUGCAUGGUAAAGCGACCCAAUAAAUACUCGACUUUGCUUAAUAAUGUACAUACAGUGCAUUAUUUUUUCUAUUCGUAGAUGAAUUUAGUGACAGAUAAUUGUCUGUUCCCUGCUGAAACGGAAGAAUUCUAGUUUUGGGUGAACGUCUUUGUGGUCUUACGGAUCAGGUACACGAAAACUUUUGCAGCAGUGUUAGUGUUUCGGUGGCUGCACUUUAUUAUCAGCGUGCUGACUUCUGAUGAUGAUUGGACUAGCCCUUUUCAAACAGAGUCUGGGAGUGUCCGACAAUGAAACUGUGCUGUAACUCAGUAGCAUGUAAAGCAGGUGAUUGUAGAAUGUUUCACCGGGGACUUAUUUUACUUCAGACAGAUGAUGAGAGAGUAAUCCACCUGUGCAUCAGUUAGUGCUGCUGCCGGGUUUCUUGCUAUCGAAGGCAACACUUUGAGCAGCCUUUGUUGUAAAUUUUCAGAAGACCAUGUACUCUUUACUUUGAAGGACUAUUUUUUAAUUAUACCUCAUUUAACUAACUAGUAUUCUAAUAUCUGGUAGAAAAGCAGUGAGCCAGCCUGUAAGCAUUCUAUGAAAUUUAGGUUAUAUCUGUUGUUUUGAACUAAAGGCAUCAUUGGGAAAGGUAGGAGGAAUUUUAGUUUAGAAUAGAACAUACAUGUCACAUCCAGUAGCGCAAAAAAAGUAUCUUCUCCCUGUCCCCAUUAAUAAAUUUAGCUGUGCAAUAUAGAUACAUUUUUGCAGAAGUUUCUAUGUCAGAGAUUAUAACUCAAUUUUACAGGUUCUGAAUGCUGAGAAUCUGUAUUAAGGCUUAUAAAGUUUUUCCUGUGAUCAGUAAGUAAUACAUUUGAGCAGACAUUUUUUCUAGUUCAUGACUUGGAUUCUUUAAUAAAUUUAGUUUUUAAUCUUUACAGGUGAAUUUCUAAGCUUAAAUUUUUAAAACCACAUUGCAUUAUGUUGGCUUACUUAGCUCAGAUUUUAAGCACUCGUGUCUGUAAUCAGGCUUUUUAGAAAAAAAAAAUUUAACAGAAAAGAGAUUGCAUUUUCCUUCUUGUUAUAUCCAGAAGGGAAAUAAAAAAAAAAAAAGAAGAA